AGGCUGGGGGGCUGGCUCCGACCACUCGGGCUGGAGGCGCCUCUGGUGGACUGAAGUUUUACAAAGAAUGUUUCAGACGUUUAAAGACUGGUUUUGGUUGGAAAGAUUCUGGCUUCCAACGACAAUAAAGUGGUCAGAUCUUGAAGAUCAUGAUGGACUUGUCUUUGUAAAACCCUCUCAUUUGUAUAUGACAAUUCCAUAUGCUUUUGGCUUGCUGAUUAUCAGACAUUUCUUUGAAAAGUUUGUUGCCACACCUUUAGCAAAAGCAUUUGGCAUUAAAGAAGUACGAAAAGUUAUACCAAACAGUGUCUUAGAGAAUUUUUUCAAACAUUCUACAAGGCAACCAUCUCAAAAUGAGAUUUAUGGACUGGCAAAGAAGUGUAACUUGACAGAGCGCCAGGUCGCAAGAUGGUUUCGGAGUCGGCGGAAUCAAGAGAGGCCUUGCACGAUGAAGAAAUUCCAGGAAGCUUGCUGGCGAUUUGCAUUUUACUUAGUGAUUACUGUUGCUGGAAUCGCAUUUCUCUAUGAUAAACCUUGGGUAUAUGACCUCUGGGAGGUGUGGAAUGGCUAUCCCAGACAGCCCUUGCUGCCAUCCCAGUACUGGUACUACAUUUUGGAGAUGAGUUUUUAUUGGUCUCUCUUAUUUAGCCUGGGCUCUGAUGUCAAGAGGAAGGACUUCCUAGCUCAUGUCAUCCACCACCUGGCUGCCAUUAGUCUGAUGAGCUUCUCUUGGUGUGCUAACUACAUUCGCAGCGGGACCCUGGUGAUGAUUGUGCACGACGUGGCCGACAUCUGGCUGGAGUCUGCUAAGAUGUUUUCUUAUGCCAGAUGGAAGCAAACCUGCAACAUCCUGUUUUUUAUCUUUUCUGCCAUAUUUCUCAUCAGCCGCCUCAUCAUUUUUCCCUUUUGGAUUUUAUAUUGCACGCUGAUUAUACCUCUGCACUACCUCGAGCCUUUCUUUUCAUACAUCUUCCUCAACCUGCAGCUCAUGGUUCUGCAAGUCCUUCACCUCUACUGGGGCUACUUCAUCCUGAAGAUGCUCAAGAGAUGUAUAUUCACGAAGAACAUCCAGGACGUGAGGAGUGAUGAUGAGGAGGAGUAUGAAGAAGAGGAAGAGGAAGAGGAGGAGGAGGAGGAAAAGGAAGAGGCCACCAAAGACAAAGAGAGAGACUGUUUGAAGAAUGGACUUGGGGCCAACAGGAACCUCAUUCCCAACGGUCAGCACGGCCGUUAG